GACGUGCAGGUUGGCUUUAUGGCUGGCAGGUCGUAAACGUGUGGAUAAAAAGCAGGACGGGAAGCAGCAGGACGCAGUGGACGAGCGGCCGAGAUGAAGGCGUGGUCACUCUUGUUGCUCUGCCUCCUAGUGGGCGGGUCCUGCGCGGGUCUGCAGGACAUUGUCCAGAAAAGUAUUGAGCGCCGGAAAGUCGCCCUACUGAACCCGGAGCUGGAGGACCGCGUGCCCGACCUGAGCGCCAACAUCCCCGCGCCGGGUCCCGCCACUCCAGCAGCCCUGGAGCAGCAGGAUGACCUGCCGUCCUCCUUCAUUUUCGGCGACAACGUCAACCUGGAGUGGCGCACGUGGAACGGCUCGCUGACGGACGGUGCCGUGGCGAUCUACAACGGCUAUGCCGAGCGCACCGACUACAUCUGCAAGUACAAGUGUGAGGCCGGCUUCUACAACCCCGCCAUGGGACCCUACUGCCGCUACCCCUAUGGAGACCGCGAGUACUACGCCCCUGAGUUCCAGAUCCUCACCAACAGAGAUAACUUUGAGUUCUUGGAGUGGAAGGAGGGUUCCUACGGUUCCGUGCCUCAACACUCGGUCAGGACGUGCCUCGGGGUGGGUAUCUACGUGGGCAAGAACAAGUAUGGCCUCGGCAAGGUGGUCCCCCAGUUUGAGGCCUUCUUCCUACCAUGGGAGGGCGAUGAGUACUGGUACAAGAGGUACCAGGUCUUGACCAUCAACAGGGACGCUUACACGCAGCACAUAUCUGACGUCAGGUACAACCUGGAUGAAGUGGCCAUCUUUCAGUACCCCCCCGAGACCAUGCGCAUCUCCGGGGUCACCAACAACGACUGCCAGUUGAUACAGAAGACCGUCACCAUCUCCAAGACCACCGAGGUAGAGACCACCUGGAACAUCGGCCGGGCCACAAUGCUGGGUAUAACUGGCAGCAUCACGGCCAAAAUCCCGCUCAUCGGCUCCGGCGGCCUGGAGCUGAGCGGCGAGAAGACGCUGCAGUUCUCCCGAGGGACCACCGUGGUGGAAGCACUCAGGCACUCGGUGUCCGUGGAGCUCAGCGUCCCCCCCAACCACUCCUGCAGGGUGCGCAUGGAGGGCCGCAAGGUCAAGGCCGAUGUCCCGUACACAGCGCGCCUCAGCCGCACGUACCGCAAUGGAGACAGCCAGUGGACGUCCAUUUCUGGCACAUACGAUGGAGUCCAGAUCGGAGAGGUGCGCGCUGUGGCGGACCGCUGCGAGCCCAUUGGAGAUGCCAAGCCGUGCCCAUAAAGAUCG